AUGGAUAGUUCAAGGAAAAAUUGGUCCAAGAAGCUUGAUGAUGCGCUUUGGGCUUAUAGGAUGACAUUUAUAACUCCCAUUGGGAUGUCACCCUAUAGGUUGGUAUUUGGAAAUGCUUGUCACUUUCCGGUUGAAUUAGAGCAUCAUGCUUAUUGGGCCAUGAGAAAGUUGAAUAUGGAUGAGAAUGUAGUGGGACAAAAUAGGCUAAUGCAGUUGAAUGAGCUUGAUGAGUUUCAGAAUGAAGCUUAUGAGAAUGCCAAGAUCUACAAGGAACGUACCAAGGCAUGGCAUGAUAGGAACUUGUUUCGUAAAGAGUUUCAACCAGGGUAA